GUUCCCUUGGCCUGGAAUGACCAGUCCACCAGGAGUUGCCCAGGGUAUCCAAGGCAGCCGCCCCAACAUCCUCAGCAAGGCCCACUCCUCCUCCCUGGGCGUCCGCUCCUCCUUCGGUCAUGGGGUCACUGUGGGGCGUCCGCAACCAUGACCUAAGGCCUUAGGUUCUUGCAGCCUAGCCAGUGUCCAGCACAAAGUCACCAGCAGAUCCCAGACUCCCAGUCCCUCUGGACUUGACAGCCACGGCCCUGCGACAGGCCUUCAGGAAGGGGUCACCCUGGGCGCGACUGGGGUGCUGGGCGGCAGUCCCAGGGACGCCCCCUUGUCCUGGAUGGUCUCUCCUCCAAGGUCCUCCCAUGCUGGGAGCUGAAGGAAGGCCCUGAACUUCCCAGGCAGCGUUCAGCUGGGCUGACUCGCAGCUUCUUAGGGAUGCGCUCUGUGCGCUCCCUCCAGGCAGAGAGGAAGUGCACGCCAGGCGGGCCCACUUCUGCAGGUGCAGCUUCCGCGUGUCCAGAGCAUGGCUGCUGGGGCGCCCGCAGCUUCCUGGUGUGGGGACACUGGGCCCCAGCACACAGCUGCCUUCGCUGAGGGAACUGCUGGCAGGUGAGCCAGAUGGCAGGCAGAGCCAGGGACCCUCACCCAGGUGGGGACAGGGCCCAGGUUCAGGGAACUGCCAGGCUGUGCCUGGGUGUGAGUCACGGAGCCCUGGUGGCUCUGAUGUCUCCUGCCCUAGGAGGACGCCUGGCCGAGGGGCGGGGCUGGCGGUGCCGAAGCAGGUGUGGUGUUCCCAUGGCCAGCGGCCCAGGUGGACCCUCCCAGAGCCCCCGGCUGAGGCCUGGGCAGCCAGCACCUGACACGUCAGCUCAGGUCCCCUGCUCAGCCCGGCUCACCGAGCCUCAGGGCCGAUGGCCGGUCUGAACGUGUCCUUCUCCUUCUUCUGCGCCACCUUCGCCCUCUGCCAGGCGGCCAGGCGUGCGGCCAAGGCCCUGCUCUCGGGGGGUGCCUAUGCCCACUUUGCCCGGGAGGUGGUGGGCGCUGCCCAGCUGGGGGCCUGCUGCCUGGAGAUGGGGAUGCUGGUGGAGAUUGGCCCCUGGGCCAGGGGCUUUGGGCCAGACCUGCUGCUGACCCUGCUCUUCCUGCUCUUCCUGGCGCACGGGGCGACCUUGGACGGGGCCUCGGCCAAUCCCACCGUGUCCUUGCAGGAGUUCCUCCUGGCCGAGGCCUCUCUGCCCAGCACCCUGCUGAAGCUGGCAGGCCAGGCGCUGGGCAUGCAGGUGGCCCGCGCCCUGACGCGGCUCUACUGGGCCUGGGAGCUCAGCGACAUGCAUGUCCUGCAGCACCUCAUGGAGGCGCACUGCAGCUCGGCCCUGCGCACGGCCGUGCCCCACGGCGCGCUGGUGGAGGGCUCCUGUGCCUUCUUCUUCCACCUGACGCUGCUCCGCUUCCAGAACAGUCAUCCAGUGUACAGGGUGCCAGCUGUGGCCCUGCUGGUCACUGUCAUGGCCUAUACAGCUGGGCCCCUCACGGCCGCCUUCUUCAACCCCGCCCUGGCCGCCUCCAUCACCUUCCACUGCUCCGGGCACACCUUGCUGCAGUACGCCCAGGUGUACUGGCUGGGCCCUCUCACAGGGAUGGUCCUGGCUGUCCUGCUGUAUCACGGCCACCUCCCUCGCCUUUUCCAGAAGAACCUGCUCUACCGUCAGAAGAACAAGUACCGCACCCCGAGAGGGAAGCCAGCUCCUGGGCCCGGAGUCACCCAGAUGCCUGCCGAGGGCUGCAGGGGACGGGGGCCUGGCCCGCGAGGUGCGGGCAGCAGCUGCUGAGCCCCGGGCCGGGCAUCGCAUGAGGACCGGCCCUGGCUGGACCCUGGGGCCUCCCGGAGCUGAGCGGGGACCAGACCGGCCCCCACCUCCCCGGAAACCACUUGUCAAUAAACCAUCCCUGAGACCUGCGUCUCCCCAGGCCUGAGAGGCUUGUGACGGGCAGGCAGGCUGAGGCCGGGCCGCGGUGGGGGCGCCUCCUCCCUCUUCCCA